AUGCCCCGGUUGAGAAGGAAGACGGGGCCCCUGGGGGCGGGGAGGGAAUUUCUGGAAGGACCCUGGACAUUGGCAGCUUCAAGGGUGCUGAUGAGUCCCCACAAGGAAAUGUUUCAGAUUAGGGCACUGCCUGGUGCUGGGGGGCUUUCCUUCCAGCAAGUGCUGGUGUGUGGCUCAGGUGACGAGCCGCAGGGCCUCCCCCUUAGUGGAAGCUUUAGACAAAACCGAUCAAACCUCACCUCUCUACUAGUGCAGCCCAUCUCAGCAUCUCUUGUUGCAAAACUCAUCUCUUUGCCAAAGGAUAGGACCACAAACGGUGCCUGUAGCCCUCUAGAACUUCCCAGUACUGAGGAAAGAAUUGUCAACAUGAAAAUUCAAACAGUCACAAAAUUUGAAACAGUUACUAAUGUUGUUGGAUAUUUAAAGGGUUUAACAUUUCCAGACCGUUAUGUCAUAGUUGGCAGCCAUCAUCACACGGCUCACAGUUAUAAUAGACAAGAAUGGGCCAGCAGCACUGCCAUCAUCACAACUUUUAUCCGGGCCUUGAUGUUACGAGUUAAGAGAGGGUGGAGACCAGACCGCACUAUUGUUUUCUGCUCAUGGGGCGGAACAGCUUUUGGAAAUAUUGGCUCCUAUGAAUGGGGAGAGGAUUUCAAGAAGGUUCUGCAGAGAAAUGCUGUGGCUUACAUUAGUCUCCACAGUCCUGUAAGGGGUAACUCAAGUCUCCACUCAGUUGCUUCACCAUCUCUUCAGCAACUGGUAGCUGAGAAAAAUAAGUUCAAUUGUCCCAGAAGAGGUCAGUGCCCGGAAACGAAUAUCAGUUCUGAGCAGAUGCAGGAUGAUGCUGAUUAUUUCAUCAACCAUCUUGGAGUUCCCACCAUGAGGUUUACUUAUGAGGACAUCAAAACAUUAGAGGGUCCAAGUUUUCUCUCUGAGGCUCUUUUUCCUAAACAUGCAACAAAAAUUGAAGAAAUGGAUCCUUUUUUCAAUCUUCAUGAGACCAUUACCAAGCUCUCAGGAGAAGUGAUUUUGCAAAUUGCCAACGAACCAGUUCUGCCCUUUAAUGCUCUCGAUAUAGCUUUAGAAGUUCAAAACAGCCUUAAAGGUGUUCAAGCCAACACCCCUCAACUGCUAGCCCUGGCCUCACGCCUGCGGGAGAGUGCUGAACUCUUUCAGUCAGAUGAGAUGCGUCCUGCUAAUGACCCCAAGGAAAGAGCUCCCAUCCGAGUGCGGAUGUUGAAUGACCUUCUCCAGGACAUGGAGAAGAGCUUCCUAGUGCAGCAUGCGCCCCCAGGGUUUUACAGAAAUAUCCUAUACCACCUUGAUGGGAAGACAAGCCAGUUUUCAAUACUCCUGGAGGCUUGGGAGCACUGCAAGUCACUUGCAUCAAAUGAGACCCUUCAAGAAGCCCUGUCAGAGGUGUUGAAUAGCAUUAAUGCAGCUCAGGUUUACUUCAAAGCGGGACUUGAUGUGUUCGAGAGUGUCUUAGUUGGAAAGAACUGAGAAAACUCUCAGCAUUUUAAAAAGUUUGUUUACAAUUCCUCAAGAAAAAGCUCUAAUCUCACCAGAUUUUCUGACAUGGAAGACUUUUCCCCCUCAAUGGCUUUUUAUAUAAGUAUAAAGCUAUUCUUCCUUUGUAUUUUUUGAUGUACAUGUAAAAAGAGCAUUUUGCACAUUUAAUAUUUUUCUUAUAUCUAGAUUUCUGAUUAUGUAAAAGCAAGUUAUUGAAAAUAAUACUUAAGAUUUAUCUAUUAAAAAGAAAUCUGCUGUAUUUUUCUAUAUAUAUAUAUAAAAUAUUUGGGGAAAAAAUUUCAAAGACGUUCUGGACAGUCUUUGUUCCUAUGGAUAAAACAUGUAGGAAUAGAAAUGAUUACCUGUGUUAGAGCUUUAAUGACCUAGCUUCUGUAAUAGAAAUGGACAGCGGAUAUGGUUUCAGAUUAACUUUUACUAUCAAAUAUUCAGUAUGAACAACAAGUAUUCUGACUGAGUGAUUGGUUGACGAAAACCACUUUGAAUGUGUCUAUUUUAUGAAAUGAAGUGCCUGUUUAUAACACAACUAGAUGUAGUAAUACACUGGUUAUGAAAAUGUAUUUUUUUAAGUAUUAAUUAAAAAAAAUAAAAGAGCCAUAAACAUUCCAGGGGAAAAUCGCAAGUUAGCUGCACAGAGCAAUUUAAUUGUAAAUUUUUUUCCUAACCACUUAUAAGGUGACUAGCUUUGAAACCCCUAAUUUGUCUCAGUUGAUUUUGUAAAAAUUUCAGGAGUGAUAUAUGUCUUAUGAGGGAGAAAAUAUGUAUUUCUUCCUGUGUUGUUUCUGUUGGAAGCACUGAAAUAGAGCUACUUUAAAAUGAAAGCAUCUCACUUUGCUCCUCAUUCAUGUAUCUUUUCUGAAACUCCUUUCUGAAAGGCAGUUUUCUCAGAAUACCAUAUAAUUUCCACAGGAAAGUAGCAAAGUUUCUCUUUGAAAACCCAAAAUAUCUUAAAAGGUAUCAAAUUGCUAUUUCUGCCACUAGCAAAAAGGACUUCUGAUGAAUGAAAUAGUUGUUUUGAUCAACAAAAAAGCUUCUUAAUUCUAUGAAAAAACUUUUUUUUUCCUUCUCUAUCCUUACUUGUGAUUGAGAUGACAACACAUAAUAUAUUCAUGCUUCUACUUUUAGGCAGAAAAUACUGUAUUACUUUAAGAGUGUAUCUUUCCCAUGCUUCAGUUCCUCUCUCAUGUUGAAAAUGAAGCUUUUCAUACUAAGGCCACUGAAAGGUCACUGAAUGGCCUUAGUAUCCACUAUUCCCCCAAACCACAGAAUCCCAUUAAGUGUUUAAACUCUGAGCUUACCUUUAGAAAUUGAUUUAGUAUUGGAUAAAGCAAUUUCUCUUAGGAAGCAUAUCUUCAGAAUAUUUCAUGUGGAUUAUUUUUCUCUAACACAACAUUCGAACACAU